AUGAUGAUGACAAUGGAGGAAGAGGAAAAUAUUGGGAGGAGAAGAAUAAAUGUGGAUAAAAUUAUGAAGGAUUCAAUGAAUUACGUAGUGAAUGCCAGCAAAGAGAAAAGUGUAACUGAAAUAAAGAAGGAGUUAGAAUAUGUAAAAAACAUAAUUCAUAAUGAUAUAAUAAAAAUAUUAAACAGGAACUCUCAUGGAUUUAUGCAUCUACCUUCCAACUUAAAUUUGAUAGAAAAAAUGAUGCCAAUUUUAAAAAAAGAGGUGGAAAUUUCGAAAAUUUUUGUUAAUGUAUUGUUAAGCGAAAUUUAUGAAAUCCAUAAGAAUACCUAUCUUUUGAUGGAAGACAAAAUGAACAUUACGUUUAUAAAAAAUGUGCUCAAGAAUAAUGUAAAUAUAGAACAGUUGAUGAGUAAGUUAUCUAAAGAAAUGAAACUUUUUAAAAAAUCAAAACAGUUUUUUUUACUAUCGAAUAUGUAUGAUGACCUUCUCAAAUUGUCAUCCAAUUUUGAACAAGGUAAAAAAGAUAUAACCCUAGAACGUAUCAGUAUAAACAAUGCAGACAUUCUUUAUUUUCUGUCUCAAAGAAUUUAUAAUAUAGCCAAAGGUAUAUGGAAAAUAAAGGCAUUAUUAUACAACAAUUAUAAAACCAUGUGUAAAAUAUCCAGUUCUUUACUAUCUUGGAAUAAUCUCGUCGAAAAAUAUGGAGACGUAUCUGAGUGCAAUCAAGAUGUUAUACAUUUUCUUAAAAAUAAUUCAUAUAAAUACAUGAACGAAUCCCUAAAUAUUGUUAUAACUGAGAUAAAUAUGAAUCUACAGAAAUUAUCUUAUGUCUUUCUCAAAAUUGUCAAACUCAAGGAUGUUUUUCUGAUGCACUCAAAGAGUAACAUCAGAGACCACUUUAUUUUCAAUCAAUGUCUUUACUCUAUUUUGACUUCCUCUUACUCACUUAAUAUGUUGGAUGUAUUUACACAUUUGUUUCGCGAGAUUUUCAUUGACACAUUGGAACAGGAACCAUUCGAGUCGUACGACUCAUUCCUAGGGUACGUGAAAAAAAACAUUUUGGAAGACGAAAAUAUUGCUGAAAUAAACAAAUUAGCAGAUGAAAUAGACCCAAGCUCGUUAUUUUUCACUAGGGGUAUUUUACAAAAACUGUUGGAGAUUAUUAAGAGGAAAUUUCCUGAAAUAUUUAUCCUAACGUAUUGUGAUACAUUCAUCGAGAAUUAUAUAAAAACUUGGAAUUUUCUGAACGAAAUAAAAAAAAAAAAAAAAAAAUAUGAACAGUUCAUAAUUUAUGAACACGCUAAUAAUUUUUUAAAAAAUUUUGAAAGGGAUGCUUACACACAGUACAUAUUAAAUGUUUUGGAAAAUAAAAUAAAUGAAAACUGUAAAAACGUUAUACUAUUUGAUAAAAAAUUUAUAUUUGAUGAUAAAUUUUAUUGGUUAAAAGAAACCAUUAAUUUAAUUAAAAUUUUUAAAAUUCUAUUUACAAGUAAGUAUUAUAUACCAAGUUCUCUUCCAAAUUAUUUGUCUUUUAUUUUUAAGCAUUUUAAGAAAUACAUAGACAAUAUAGAAAACUUUUUAUUCUUCCUACGAGAAAAUCGGAGCACUAAAAUUUCUACCCUUGACAAAGGUCGAUUUAAUUGGAGCCCCACUCUGAGUUACAACAGCAUUGGCUUUGUUUUGUCAGACUUGACAUCUCUGCGAAGAAUAUUCAAAAUCAGGAAAAACGUGAAAAAUAUUUUUAAAAAUGGAAUAAUUAGGGAAAGAGAUACAAACAUGCCAAAGCAACUAAGCAAUUCAAACAAUUUUGUGCUACCGGAACGUUUAACUACACUUAUGGGAGAUGUUCCCAUAUGGAUAUUCACAAAAAUACUGUCUUAUUCUGCUGAUAUGUGUUAUGAAGAGCACCAUAACUCUUACACAUGUUCUUCCGGGGAAGACAACACUUCUUCGUCGUCUUCUACAUCAUCUUGGAUAACUUCAUCAUGCUGUGAGAACAUGAGACAGACAGUUAUGAAGAAUAUAGAAAGUCCAUUUCUCAAGUGGGAAUCCAAAAACUUGGGAAAUGGCAUAACCCUUCCCUUUCAUAAUAUCAAAUCGGAACAGUGCUACAAUAAUAAUGAAAAAAGCCAUGAGUUUGCAACUGAUACCAAAUUACCUUCUUCAAUUAUGAAAAAAUCUUUCCAUGGGCAGCUUGAAAAAGAAAAAGUAAAGAAUAAACACAAAACGGAUGAAUGGAAAAACAUAAGAACAAUAAGUAGAAAUUAUUCAAUUUGUCACAAGUAUGCGCAUGAUAAUACCGUUCAGCAGAAUAAUGAAAAUGAUACACAUUCAUUCAUCGUGGGGGAACAAUUCAAUAACAAAAUGACGUCCAUUAAUGGAAAAUGUGAUCAUACGAAAGAGGAGAAUAAUCCUACGAAUGAAGAAAAUAAUCCUACGAACGAGGAAAAUAAUCCUAUGAAUGAAGAAAAUAAUCCUACGAAUGAGGAAAAUAAUCCUACAAAUGAGGAAAAUAAUCCUACGAAUGAGGAGAAUAAUCAUGUGAAAGUCAAUUCAGAAAAUCCAAUGAAUGACAAGAGAGAUUUCAUUGACGAAAAGGAUGAACUACACGAAUUAGGUAGAUCUAAUAAAAAUAGCUUACGAGAAAAACAAAAACGCAUGAAGAUAUAUAUACAAAUAUACAAAGAAAAGAACAAAAAAAAGCUAAUUAACGACAUAAAUUGUAUAAGUGGAUUCCUUAAAACUUUAUCAAAAAUUAUUCACAGCACGCAGAAAGACUUUGAACAAUUUUUUAUUAAUAAGAUGUAUCAAAUUUGUUCUAGUUUUUUGGUUUACUUGCACUCCCUCUUGACAAUUUACAAAAUGAUCAACAAGCAGAUCCCCGAUAAACCGAAUGAACACGUGGAAAAAGUUCUUCUCCCCUUAAUUUCGUUCAAAACCUUUUACGAAGGUGUUAUUGCACAAUCUAUAAUAGAAGACAUAAUAAACAAAAUAGUUGACAAGAUAAGCGAUUACUACCUUGAAGAGAUAAAGAACAUCAUGGACGUAAAAAUUCAAGAGCAGAACAAGUGUAUUAUGAAACUAAAUCUUCGAGAAUCCUUAAAAGAUGGUGACAUACCGUACGAGGAAAAAAUACAAAGGCAAAUAUUUUUGGAUGUUUGUCAUUAUGAAAAACUGUGCAAAGAAAAUUUCAAAAUAAGUAGAGAAACCAGUGCCAGUAUGAAUGCAUUAGUAAAUAGUUUGUUCAUAACUCAAGGAGUAAAUUUGUUAAAAGCAGAAUAA